AUGGCCAAAAAUGGUGUUGGAAUUUUUGUCAGAGAACCGCUAGCCCAAGAAGUACUGGAUAUUAAAAGGAUUAAUUCACGUCUCAUGUGGAUCAAGCUUCGCAUAGAAAAGCAAACAAUGAUUAUUUUUUUUGCAUACGCAACACUUAAAUCCGGCCCUGAAAAAAAAGCCGGUUUUUGGCCGGGGCCUAACUUUGGUGCAUUCCUGUUAGGGAAGCAAUAUUCUGUAAUUAGUAAAUAUACGAUUGUAACUUUUGACUCAAACGAUAAAAAAUCACCCUCCAACUUUCCUCCGAAAUCUUCAAAAAAGAUGUUCACUCCUGCACUACGAGGAAGUGCGAGUCAGUUUUUGCAGGAGACAUACCCAUGGAUAUUGUGGAUAUGGCACAAGAAUUAUUUCCUGGCAAAUAAUUUUUUAGUUCUGUGGAAUAAAGAGAACAUAAUUUUGGAGCGUAAACAUUUCUUCGUUGUAGUUGACAUUUCAUACUACCAAAAAAUGAGAGUCAAAGAAUACAGUGGCAAGUGA